AUGUCUACCAACAAUUCCACCGAAGAUGACGAACCAAAGUUACCACACGGCAUUGUUUUCCAGGAUAUCGAACGCACAGCUGGCGAAGAGGACGAUGGGCAAGACAAAGAUCAAUCAGAGACAUCUACUCGGUUUGGUUCGCUAUGUUGGCCGAACUUCUUAAGCACUAUAAAGGAGGGCGACGCCGACGACAACCGCUCCAAGAAGGGGAAUCCAAAGUGGUACCAGAAGCUCAUCGACGCCGGUAUAGAAGAAAACGGGAUUCAGCCGGUUCCGCUUGAAGGGAGGACUUCUACGCAGUAUAAUCAGUUGUUUACUGUCUUCUUUACUGGUUUGUUGUGUUUAUUGCCGAUACCAACUGGCAUGCUGGCCACUCUCGAGUUUGGCUUGAGUCUGAGAGAUGCUUCGUUGGUUAUCGUCUUCUUUGCGCUGCUUACAUGCCUCCCGCCUGCCUUCAUGGGAAUCGGAGGUAUGGAGACCGGCAUGAGGCAGUUUGUGCAAGCUCGAUAUUCAUUUGGCCUCUACCUAGUCAUUAUCCCCCUCCUCCUCAACGCCGCCACCAUAACCGGCUUUACCCUCAUGUCCGCCAUCGCGGGCGGGCAGACACUCGCAGCCAUCAACCCCUCCCACGUCAGCAUAAACGUAGGCAUCGUCAUCACCUGCCUCGUCGCCUUCGGCAUCUCCCUCCUCGGCUUCAACUUCGUCCACUUAUGGGAACGAUGGACGUGGAUCCCCAACCUGAUUGCUCUCGUCAUCACCGUCGGCUGCGGCGGCCGCUAUCUCCAUCUGCAAUCGCAGCCUGCAGCACCGGCCACUCCCGCACAGAUCCUCAACCUUGGAAGCCUCAUGGCAGGAUAUUUCAUCACGUUUGGCGGGAUGGUGGGCGAUUAUUCCAUUUACCACAACCCAAGAGGCGUUCUCUCCAAGUCGUUCAGCGCCAGAGCCCGCAUCUUCACCUACCUCUACCUCGGCUUGUUCCUCCCUUCUGUUCCACUCUUCAUAUUGGGAGCCGCCAUAGGCGGUGCCGUUCCCCAAGUUCCUGCGUGGCAAGCCGCUUACGCUUCGACGGGCAUCGGGGGCGUGAUGAUGGAGAUGCUUGCUCCCGCGGGCGGGUUUGGCAAAUUCGUGCUGGUGGUGCUUGCGCUCAGCGUGAUUGGAAACAUUGCCAUCUCCAUGUAUACCAUCUCGUUGAACCUCGAAAUGUUGAUGCCGCCGUUACCCUUUAAAUUAAGGGUCCAUCGAUUCGUGUUUAUCCUGGUGACGAUGGCGGUCAUGAUCCCGAUGGCGAUCAGAGCGGCAAUGAAGUGGGAGACUAGUUUGAUCAAUUUCCUCAGUAUCAUUGGGUAUUGGUCUGCGUGCUUUGAUGUUGUUUUGAUACUGGAAUUGGUGGUGUUUAGAAGAAUGGACUAUGCGACCUUUGAUCAAGCUAUCUGGAACGUGGGGAGGGAGUUGCCACCUGGGUUGGCGGCCUUAGGUGCCUCGAUGCUGAGUUGGGCGCUGGUGGUCCCGGGAAUGGCGCAGUCGUGGUAUGUUGGCCCGAUUGCAAAGAGCACUGGGGAUAUUGGGGUUGAGGUGGCUUUUGUGUUGACGGGCUUGUUUUAUCUACCUUUGAGGUGGCUGGAGAUCAAGAUUCGGGGCCGAUUCUGAUGGACGACGUGAGUACGACUAUAGUCCCGCUAGUUACAAACGGUCAACUCGGGUUGCUAAGGUAAGAAAGUGGUAGAGGUGUACCUACCAUAGCCAUCGGGUAACAAAUCAAGGAAACGAACAUGUCGGCUACUCAUAUAGUUCAAGUCGAAUAUGUGACGUAUCUUGAUAUGGUGCUGAUGAGCUU